AUGCCUGAGUCUCCAAGCGAGCUAGGUCAGAUACACUCCCUCCGUCGCUCCGUCACCCUCCCCGUCAAAUUAAACCCGCUCACGCAGCGUCGCUCGAGUGUCCCGAAUACCCCGGAGCAUGUAAUCUAUUAUCACCCUUCGGCGAAAAUCGUGCAUUUUGCUCCAAGGGCACUCGCCCCUAUUCCGUCCAGUUCUGCACCGUCCGACUUCGAUUACCCCGUGGACACCAUCGAAACACUUCCCUGGCGCUCUGCUACGGAGCGAACGGUCGCAACUGCGCCCCUACGACUGGAGAAAGUCCAUGGCUCAACCGCGUUCUUGAAAUGUGGAAAUGUCGUCCAUGCGAUCCUAAAGAACUCGCAGUGUUGGUGUGUAGACGGGGUUUCCAAAUUUGUUUUGCGCAUUCGACCUCUCACAUAUUAUCGCAUCGAGAUUCCAUACGAGACAGGGGAUGAUCAGAGUUCGGUACAGGAGCUGAAGCUCGCCCUGCCAACCGUGCUCCGAUAUGAAGUCACACCAUGCCCUUUCAAGCGUUCCUUCAGUGUCGAGCUACCCAUCAAUGUGAUGGCCCCUCGACGCAAAAAGGCCUGGAAACCGAAAGACCAACGACCCAGGGUUCCCACAGUGUUGGAGUUGCCACUGGAGGCAUCUUCACCCUCCUCAACUAGGUCGGAGUGGUUGGAUUCUGCAAGCACCGGAGAUGACACCGAUGGCAACUUGACUGAUGACAGCUGCUUCACGUCGCACAAAGCAAAUAGCACAAUUUCGGAAAUUUCACAUGACAGUCACCAUCUGUCCCCCACCGAGACACCGAGGCCUUCGUCAUCUCACAGUAUCUCCCGGCGUUCGGUGUCGGAAACCCCGCAGACCUUUACCAGCCUGCUCGCAAAGUUCCAGGCCACACCACUCCUAGAAGAUCGCGAUUCAGAGUCCAACCCCGAACCGAGGCUUUCGCCAGAUGUCGGGAAUGCAGCAUCGAGCCAUACUGAAGCAAGCCCUGCCCCGGCAGAUGACGCGCCUCUGUUGCCAGCUGAUGGUGGGGUCCAAAGCUCUCCCGCAUCGAUAGCUGCUGCUGGAUCACCAAGCGAGGUGGAACCGCAGGCCAAAGCCGAGUCCGACGUUCAAGCCACGACAUGCCAGCAGUCUCCCGGUGAGACUGCUGUGCAGUCUGAGACUGCAGUUCAAACCCAGGCUGGAAAUGUGUUAGACACAGAAACGCCGGACUCAACUGAACCUCGGAUUACGAUCGAAUUCAAUGACUCGCCACACUGGGGAGCUGAGGAUGACGAGGUUCGGCCUAUUGACGAAACCUCCUUGGAGAUUGAUCAUGAUGCAUCAUUUGCCUCCAGCUCCGAGUCAUUCCACUCUGCCGAGCCCCAGUCACCCGAUUCGGUUUCCACCCACCCUACUUCCGUCGGAGGCCACGAUUUGGCAGAGCCUACGGAUAUGUUCAGUCUAUCCAGUGCCAAGGAUAUGACUACUGAAAUGGAGUCAAUGCCAGCCAACUCACAUGAGGAGCCCGCGCUUACAACAGUCGACCAAGUUGGAAUACCUGAAAUCUCCAAGGAGGAAGACACGCCCACCCCUGCAUCAGAUCGCCUUAGCCCAAAUGACGUACCGACGACUGUUUCCAAUAGAUCUUUGGAUGCACCCUCGGCAAUGGCUCACACUAGUAAAGCACCUCGAUCGACUCGGGCCACAGACAUGUCUCCCGAGCCAACGCUCCCCUCUCUGCCCGUUUCUAAGACUCCCGAGUCAAGCACAGAUUUCAAUCACAUGAGUGCAGAGUUCCGACGCCGUGCCCAAGCGACAAGAGAACGAGAGGUAUCACCAAUGCCCCAUUCCUCGGCCUUGUACAAACCAAACCCAGGCGAUGACGCCAAGUCUUUCAUUUCCAAGGCUAUAACUUUGGUCCUAAUUCCUCCUGCCUAUCUUUUCAUAAUUCUUCUCCACAUCGCCGCUCGCGUUGUGAUCAACCCACCGCCGACUCAGCCAGCUGUCGGCUUCCGCCCGAGUGGUUCGAAUUCCAAUUCUCGCAAAGCCAAUCGAACUUCUGCCACCGGCGACGAUUUCGAUUUUCCACUGGAACCUCAAAGCUCUUCCGAGUACGAGGAUGCCGAAAUCACCCGGAAGCUUGAUCCCUGGGAUCUGGACUAA